AUGGCGAACCUCGCUUCAUGCGCAGUCGCCGCUAUCUUCAUCGUCUUCGCCAUCAUAACCGCCGUCACCGUUUACCUAACCGUCUUCAGACCGAGAGAUCCCGAGAUCUCCGUCACGAACGUCAAAGUCCCGUCUUUCUCCGUAGCCAACAGCUCCGUUAGCUUCACUUACUCUCAACUCUCCUCCGUUAGAAACCCUAACCGCGCGGCUUUCUCUCACUACAACAACAAGAUCCAGCUCUUCUACUACGGGAACCGGAUCGGGUUCAUUUUCAUACCGGCUGGCGAGAUCGAACCGGGUCGGGCGAAGGAUAUGGCCGCUGAUUUCUCCGUGGAUUCGUUUCCUCUCGUGUCGUCGUCUUCUCGAAUCUCCGCCAAGGAGUUUGGAGACGGGUUAGUGAGGGAGGGUAGUCGGGGCGGGUCGACGGUGGAGAUAGAGUCGAGGCUGGAGAUGGCGGGUCGGGUUAGAGUUUUGGGUCUGUUCACACAUCGAAUCGCGGCGAGAUGUAAUUGCAGGAUCGCGAUUUCUACUGUUGAUGGCUCGAUCGUAGCCGUCCGUUGUUGA